GAAGCAAAUUUUAGCGGCCGAACAGUUUUGGAUUGUUUAUGUUUUGAAACAUUCGAUGUUUUCCCCAAAAAGAAAAUGCCAAAGCGAAAGCAUUCAAAAGAGGUGACAGAAGAAGCUGAAAGUGAACCAAGUGAUUCUGAGAGUGAGCAUUCAGAACCAACAUCAAGAGUUACACGAAGAUCAGCACCAGAUUUGAAGACAUUCACAGAGUUGACACCUGUCAAGAAAAGAAAGAGGCUUGAUACCUCAACAUCUGAAUCAGAAUCUGAAGUACAAACUUUGUCACCAAAAAGAAAAAAAGUGAAAGGAAAACAAAAAUCUCAAAGCCCAGAAAAAGAAAUAAAAUCUGCUAAACAAACACUUGACUGUGAUGUGAAGGUAGAAAAGGUGAACAAAAGUGGGAAACAAAAUAAAAACAAUGUCGGUAAAUCAGAACGUGGUGGUAAAGGUGAAAAACUUGGAAAAGGAAAACAGCACUCUAAAUCCAUUAAAGGAAAGCAGAGUGGUAAACAUGGAGAGAAAAAACGUACCAUUGAAAUGACAGCAGAGGAUGGAUUCUUGUCAAUAUGGACUGAGAAACGACCUACACCAUCAUUAGAUUACAAUGAAAGUAAUGCAAAAUGUCCAUUACCUGGCUGUGACUCUGCAGGUCACUUGACAGGAAGGCAUGAUAGGCACAGAACAUUAGCCUCCUGUCCGCUUUACCACAACACAACAGCAGAUGAAUGUAAAGCUCGAUAUGAAGAAAGACAGAAGAAUAUUUUAGACAGGGUUAAAAUUGUGGAAUCAUUACAAGAUAAACGAGAUUUUAGAAGGAAGGUUCAAACAGAUGAACAGAAAGUCAAAGUGAUCAAAAUUCGAGGGAUGAGACAAAAGUUUAGAGAUAUACCAGAAGAUAUCAAAGUUGAACACAGAAAAUACAAGGACACAUAUGAGAGAGCUAGAGAACCAUUGCUGCAGGGCCUAGCAUCAGAGUUUGAUCUCAAGUUGUUUAGGGAAGCUCAGGCAAAGGCCUGUGAAGUACUGGAACAUGAAAUAACACAACACUAUACUAAAAGUGAUCUCUCAGAAUACAGAAUAAAGAAGUUAGAGAUUGGAAGGUUUGAAAUGACAACAUGGUAUGCUAGUCCUUACCCAGAGGAAUAUGCUCGACUGCCUAAAAUAUAUCUGUGUGAAUUUUGUCUCAAAUAUAUGAAAACUGCCACAAUUCUAAGGCGACAUAUGGCUAAAUGUGUAUGGAGACAUCCGCCAGGAGAUGAGAUUUAUCGUAAAAACAAUAUGUCUAUGUUUGAAGUUGAUGGUAAAAGGAAUAAGGUGUAUUGUCAGAAUUUAUGUUUAUUAGCAAAGCUGUUUUUAGACCAUAAAACAUUAUAUUUUGAUGUGGAACCAUUCUUGUUUUAUGUAAUGACAGAAAAUGAUUCACAUGGCUGUCACAUUGUUGGGUAUUUUUCUAAGGAGAAGAAUUCCUUUCUUAACUACAAUGUAUCCUGUAUAUUAACCUUACCACAAUACAUGAGACAAGGAUUUGGAAAAAUGUUAAUAGAUUUUAGUUAUUUAUUAAGUAAAACAGAAAACAAAGUAGGAUCACCUGAAAGACCUUUAUCUGACCUUGGUCUGCUUAGUUACCGUAGCUACUGGAAAGAUACAUUAUUAGGAUAUAUCCACAAGUAUAAAGGCAGUGAAAUUUGUAUCAAAGAUAUUAGCACAGAAACAGCCAUAAAUGCCAAUGAUAUUGUCAGUACUCUGCAGGCUUUAGGCAUGUUGAAAUACUGGAAGGGAAAACAUCUAAUUUUACGGAGACAGGAUCUUAUUGAUAGUUACUUGGAGAAGAAAGUGAAACGUCCAACUGACUUUAAAACAAUUGAUGCAGCAUGUUUAAAAUGGACACCACAUGCAAAGAGACAACAGCAGCCUCAAACAGCACCCUAAAAUAUAGUUUUAUGUGAUAGAUUUGAUCCCAGUUGUUGGUUAUCAACAAUGAAUGUUUUGAUUCUGCUCCUUCUAGAGAUGGAUCUUGUUAUCAUAAUGGAACUGUAGAAAUUCAGUUAAAAAUCUCAGCGUAUGAUAUGUUAGCAGAGGAACCGGAGGACUGAAGAGGAUAUUUUAAUUUUUUUUAACAUCUUCCUUAAAUUUGCUCUUCUAAGCAAAAACUUGCUAAGUGUGCUUGCGUAUGUCAUAAAUACCUCAAUUUAAUAGAUUUGUCUAGGAAAGAUGAAGAUACUAUUUUAUGUAUUGAAAUGAAGUACCUUAAUCAUAAUCAAAUUGUUUAGGGUAAAAUGAUCAAAAUAUAUAGGUUAAGAUUAUAAAAAAACAGAAACUAAACCAAAACAUAAACAUUUAUUUUGGUUGUUUAUAAAUAUUGGUAUUCAGAACAAAAACCUUAACAAAUUAAAUAAUUUUGAUAUACUCUUAUUAGAAUUUAUAAAACAAACAAACAAAAUUUUAUUUGAUUAUUUAAAAUGCUGAACACCAUUGGAUAAACACCAUGACUGUUGAUUUUUGGGGAAUUAGAAAUUCAUUUAGCUUCUUUUAAAGUAAAAAAUGGAAUUUUCAGAUAUUUUGACAUUAUGCAGAAUUUGCACAUUUGAAAAAUUAUUUCUAAUUCUUUGGCCACUUUUUUUUAUAAAUUUUACUAAAAGUGGUUUGUGUCUGGAUAAACUUUAUCUUCUCAGUCUCUGACAAUCAUAAAUGUCAGAAUCUAAAACUUAUGUUGAUGUUCUGUUCUGUUCUGUUUUGUUUUAAUUGCUUUAAAUUAUUGUUGAUUUUUAAAAUACUUCAGAUACUGUUCAUUAAAUUUUUAUUAUGUUGUAAAUUUCAUUUGUUAGUGUACAUGUGUUAUAUGAACGUGUCUGAGGUGAAAGGUACUAGCCAAUAGUUGAUAUUUAGUAAAAAACUUAAUAUUUAACUAUGUUUUUGUGUGAAGGAAUUAUAAGGAUCAAACGUUUUUUUAUGAAUAUAAGUAUGUUUUAACUGAACAAUCUGGUUACAAACUUAACAAAAGUGAAUGGAUGCUUUAACCAAUCUUGCAAACUUCCAAUUUAGAUUUAAUUUACAUAAUUUCAUGCAUUUCUGCAGAGCUCACAUUGAGUGACAAUAAAUUUCCUACCUUAUAUUGUGUUGACUGUAUCAAAAUCUAGAAAAUAUGUGGGUGAUGUCAUUGUUCCUACACAAAAUGAAAAUAACAUUACAUUAUUAGUUUGAUAUCAGUUGUUUAGGGCAUCAUCGUCUAGUCACAAAGUUUUUAUAUUUGGUUUCGAUAUUACCCAUGGUUUCGUUAGUUUUUGAAAACAGCUAAUUCAUUUCCAUCUAUAGAAAAGGAGAAUAGUGCUUAAAGAUGAAUCUCAAAGUACUACUGCCAGUUUUCUGUAUAAAUUCAUAAUAUGUUAGAAUGCAGUAACUUUUCAGUGGCCAUUACUUGAUUUAUUUAUUAAAUUGAAAGAAAUAUUACUUGUUGUUUUAGAACAUAAAUAACCAGAGUGAACUGUAAAUAUUAUUUAAAGUUUUUGCCGAUUUUUACUAUGUUGUUCUAUGUUUCAUUUAUUACAUGUAAUCCUCAUAUCAUCACCAAAUCAGCUUUCAUUUUCAGGUAAUUUAUUUCAACUAUAACUCUGUCAAUCAGAACAAAAUGUAAUAGAAAAACAUGUAAGAACAUGUGAUGUUGAAAAUUUUAAGAGUUCUUGAAAUUUUUAUAUUCAAUUAUUCAAGUGCUCGAAGUUAAUUGGUCCAAGUUAAUAUUUUUUAUAAUUAAUUUAAUGUGGAGAAGGAAUUCCAGUUUUUCAUGGUUUUAAAGUGAAUGAAGCUUUUUUCGUUUCUACUGUUAAUGAUACAGUUCAGUGAUUCUAGCUGAAGUUAUCUAUCUUUUUGAAAUGCAAGUCUGUUUUCUUCUCUUAGGUUAGGUAACUUUAAGAAAGAACAGGUCAUUUUUGGGGAAUUUUUAUGGAUAUACAAAUAGAUUAUUUUUGAGUAUAUAAAUAUGAUUGCUUGAUAUUUUAGCUUCAUGUGAUUGUUUACUUUGUUUUUCAUCAAAACUAGCACAAACAAAAUUAUCGUCUGUACUUUUUUAAAAGGAAAUUAUAAAAAAAACUUAUCCCCUGCUCAAAUCUUGAAAUAAAGCUUACAGGUAUCUCAUAAUUGAUAUUUUAGUUUUUCAAAUAGAUUGAGGUCCCUUUUAUAUUUUAUUCUCUAAUACUUUAAUAGGAUUUUUUAUUAUGACAAAAAAUGUCCAUAUGUCACAGUAACUUCAGUGCAGUUUAUAUGGCAAGUCUAAUGAUGAGAUAUUGUUAAAGAUUAAAAAAAUUUGAGGGAUUCAAAUGAACUUAAUUACUAAAAACUUCAUUGAUUAUUGCACCUGGACAAGCAAGCAACAAUCAAUUAAUCAGCCACUAAUUUAAAUUUUCUCCUUUUAUUAAAUUGAUACUGUAAAAUUCUUAUUUUUUGAAUUAAAAUUACAAACUCAUUCAGAUAACGUAAAUAAAAACUUUUGAGUGGAGGUAAAAUCUCUUCAUUUAUUCUUGUAGAAACAACUUUUUUCAAGAAUUUUAUUUCUAGGAGAAAAGAUGUAGGAACCAACUUACGGAUUUAAUGUUUAAAUGGUUUCCCUGAAUGCUAUAAAUCUAAUGUAUAAUAAAUGGUAUUUUAUUUAACUCUCGACUUGAAAGCUAGUUGGCUUCACACUUUUAAAAUAAACAGGCAAUCAUUUGAUUCCUUAUUGAACAUUGUAUAGUAAUUUUUGGUACUCUUAGCAAUUUGAAAUAGGUCUACAUUUCCAUGAAACCAUAAAAAUUGGUGCAUACAAAAUAUAUCCUGUAGUCAGCCAUUUUACUAUACCAAUAAAAUUGUACAAACAAACCAAUGCA